UUUACUCAUACAAAUCACUGCUUGAGAAACUUCAAAGUUAUCUAAAGACUUAAAAAUGCCUCCACGUCCAUCAUCUGGUGAACUAUGGGGCAUCCACUUGAUGCCACCGAGGAUCCUUGUGGAGUGUCUUCUCCCGAAUGGAAUGAUAGUGACUCUGGAAUGUCUCCGUGAGGCCACCUUACUGACUAUUAAACAUGAACUCUUUAAAGAAGCAAGAAAAUACCCUCUCUAUCAGCUCCUUCAAGAUGAAUCUUCUUACAUUUUUGUAAGUGUUACACAAGAAGCAGAAAGAGAAGAAUUUUUUGAUGAAACGCGGAGACUUUGUGACCUGCGAUUAUUUCAGCCUUUUCUAAAAGUCAUUGAACCAGUAGGUAACAGAGAAGAAAAGAUUCUUAAUAGAGAAAUAGGUUUUGCUAUUGGCAUGCCUGUCUGUGAGUUUGACAUGGUUAAGGAUCCAGAAGUACAAGACUUCAGAAGAAAUAUUCUUAAUGUUUGUAAAGAAGCAGUGGAUCUUCGAGAUGCCAAUGCACCGCAUAGUAGAGCAUUAUACGUCUGUCCUCCAAAUGUAGAGUCUUCAGCUGAGCUACCCAAACACAUAUACAACAAACUAGACAAAGGGCAAAUUAUAGUGGUGAUAUGGGUAAUAGUCUCACCAAACAAUGACAAGCAGAAAUAUACCUUAAAAAUCAAUCAUGACUGUGUGCCUGAGCAAGUUAUCGCUGAAGCAAUUAGGAAGAAAACCCGAAGUAUGUUACUGUCAUCUGAACAACUGAAACUUUGCGUCUUGGAGUACCAGGGGAAAUAUAUUUUAAAAGUGUGUGGCUGUGAUGAAUACUUGCUAGAAAAACAUCCACUGAGCCAGUAUAAGUACAUAAGAAGCUGUAUAAUGCUUGGUCGCAUGCCCAAUCUGAUGCUGAUGGCUAAGGAAAGCCUGUAUACCCAGCUGCCACUGGACACCUUUACAAUGCCAUCUUAUUCCAGGCGUAUCUCUACAGCUACACCCUACAUGAAUGGAGAAGCCACAGCCAAAUCGCUUUGGACUAUAAAUAGUGCUCUCAGAAUAAGAAUCCUCUGUGCAACCUAUGUAAAUGUGAACAUUAGAGACAUUGACAAGAUCUAUGUUAGAACAGGUAUCUACCAUGGAGGGGAACCUUUGUGUGACAAUGUGAAUACUCAGAGAGUACCUUGUUCUAAUCCCAGAUGGAAUGAAUGGCUGCUGUAUGACAUGUACAUUCCUGAUCUUCCACGUGCUGCUCGGCUCUGCCUCUCUAUCUGUUCUGUUAAAGGCCGGAAGGGUGCUAAAGAGGAGCACUGCCCAUUGGCUUGGGGAAAUAUAAACUUGUUCGAUUACACAGACACUCUCGUAUCUGGGAAAAUGGCUUUGAAUCUUUGGGCAGUACCUCAUGGGCUGGAGGAUUUGUUGAAUCCCAUUGGUGUUACCGGAUCAAAUCCAAACAAGGAAACUCCAUGUUUAGAGCUGGAAUUUGAUUGGUUUAGCAAUCCUGUAAAGUUUCCAGAUAUGUCGGUGAUCGAAGAACAUGCCAAUUGGACUAUUUCCCGGGAACUGGGGUUUAACUACAGCUGUGCGGGGCUGAGUAACAGAAUAGCUAGAGAUAAUGAAUUAAGAGAAAGUGACAAGGAACAACUGCGAGCCAUAUGUACACGAGAUCCUUUGUCUGAAAUCACUGAGCAAGAGAAGGACUUCCUCUGGAGUCACAGACACUAUUGUGUAAAUAUUCCAGAAAUUCUGCCCAAAUUACUUCUGUCUGUUAAAUGGAAUUCUAGAGAUGAAGUGGCUCAGAUGUACUGUUUGGUAAAAGAUUGGCCUUCAAUCAAGCCAGAGCAAGCAAUGGAGCUUUUGGACUGUAAUUACCCAGAUCCAAUGGUGCGAGCUUUUGCAGUUCGGUGUCUAGAGAAGUCCUUGACAGAUGACAAACUGUCUCAGUACUUAAUCCAGCUAGUACAGGUUCUGAAAUAUGAACAGUAUCUAGAUAAUCAACUUGUGAGAUUUUUACUCAAGAAGGCACUGACCAAUCAAAGGAUAGGACACUUCUUCUUUUGGCAUUUAAAGUCUGAAAUGCACAAUAAAACUGUAAGUCAGAGGUUUGGUUUACUCCUGGAGUCCUAUUGUCGAGCUUGUGGAAUGUACCUAAAGCAUCUGAGCAGGCAGGUGGAGGCUAUGGAGAAGUUGAUUAACCUCACUGAUAUUCUCAAGCAGGAAAAAAAAGAUGAGACCCAGAAGGUACAAAUGAAGUUUCUUGUCGAACAAAUGAGACGGCCAGAUUUCAUGGAUGCUUUACAAGGCUUUAUCUCGCCUCUUAAUCCUGCACAUCAGCUGGGAAAUCUUCGGCUUGAGGAGUGCAGGAUAAUGUCAUCUGCAAAAAGGCCACUGUGGUUGAACUGGGAAAACCCAGAUAUUAUGUCUGAAUUAUUAUUUCAGAACAAUGAGAUAAUCUUUAAAAAUGGAGACGAUUUGCGUCAGGACAUGCUGACACUUCAGAUAAUUAGAAUUAUGGAAAACAUCUGGCAAAAUCAGGGUCUUGAUCUUCG